AUGAAGGGGUCAUCAAAAGCAAUAUGGCAGUUUUACUGCGUUGUGCUUCUCCUUGCCUCAGCCUUUGCUCCAAGUACUUCAUAUUGGAUCCGCAGAGGUCUUACAAAGGACUAUGUGCGCAUCGUCAACAACCUCAACAACCAACAACUCCAGUACCAAUGUAAAUCCAAAGACGAUGAUUUUGGCCUUCGUAGUCUUCCGCCCAAUGGGGAGUACGAAUGGGGAUUUCGGGUCAACCUCUGGGGCAGCACACUUUACUUCUGCAAUUUCUGGUAUUUGGACAACCAUGCUGUUUUUGAUGUGUUUAGAGAUACUAUUGAUUUUCUAUACGAAUGUGGUGGAGCUCAUUGCAUAUGGAAAGCCAAAGAAGAUGGGAUUUACUUGUUUCAUAUCCAAACGAAAGAAGAUAAAAAAAUGCAUGACUGGGAAAAGAUCAAAGCCUGA